AGUGGAACCAGCCGGCGUGUCCGAGUGGUUCUAGGCGCUACAGUCUGGAACCGCGCAAUCGCUACCGUCGCAGACGAGGGGCAGGAGUGACCAGUUCUGGGUGGGGUCUGCCCUACUAGCAGCACCAGUUGUUAAGCCAUCUACCUACACAGUAUCUGUUCGUCUACCAAAAGCAAACUUUUUCCAUCUUCUUGGAGAUGGUAAGAGAAUUUCUGGAAAUGGCUCAGCUAUAACAAUGCAGAGCUUAAAAGCAGAAACUGUGGUCCUGCUAAGAGAGGGUCAUGUGAUACCUAUGCAGAUAGCUGCUAGUACUGCAGAGGAGACUAGACAGACCAAUGUCACACUGGUGGCUGCUCUAAGCUGCAGUAAUGAUACUACGUGGAACUGUUCAGCAGAGGGAAAAAUGAGGGUAUUGAAUUCACUGGAUUCGUCAUCUGAUCCAUGGAUAUAUUUUCUGGUGACCACACAGAGACAAAUUGAUGAGGCGAUUGUCGACGUAACACUUACAAAUCUAGUAGGAGCUCAGGGAUCGACUUGUAUGGACGAUGCAUUUAUCAUAGACACCAUUCGUGUAAUGGGUUUUCCUGAGAGUGGGAAACCGCCAUUUGUGAAGAGAGGACUGGCAAUUGACCGCUGCACAAGUAGGACUGACCCUUUAACACUGUCAUUCAGUUUCACCAUUUCCUCAUCAGUACGGUAAGAUAUUGUGAUUAUUGUUGUGAGAGGAAAUAUGAAACAUUUGCAGAGUGCGGAGGAGUAAGAAGAAGAGAAAAUCGUGUUUAACCUCUUGUGCCUGUUUCAUCAGGUUAAUGAUUUUUUGAAAGAAAAAGUGACAUAUUUUAGUGUGCAGAAUGUGACAUUCAGUGUGAUAAUGCUGAAUAUAAAUGAAGAAGCGAAAGUAGCUGCUGUAGCAUGACAAGUGGUCUACUAAACCAAAUUUCACAUUUUGAAUAUUUAAAAAGUAUUUUAUUGUAUUUUUAUGAGAACAACAAUUAUCUUUACAAGAAAUAGAAUACAACUAUUGUAAAAACACUAAAUAAAACACAACAAUAUUAAAUUUAUAUUGAAUGUAAUUCAGGAGAUAACAGGUAGUUGUCUCCUCAUUGUGACAGGUCUUCCAGUGUACAAAAUUAGUCUAUGUAGUAAGAGAAACUGACUGAAGCUGUAUAAUGUUGGUGAU